AUGUCCUAUUUACCUUUGGUAAUGCUGCUGUACAUCUGGUUCGCCAUUUCUAUUCGCAUCAGUUUCUCAUCGACGCCCAAUCCGCUCAACGGCCAACACCUGCGCGUCAUCUGGACACUUUGGAGUGGAAACCCCAAAGGACUAAUUGGACCGCUCAAAGGAGCAGUGCUCUUGGAAUGCAUGUCGAAACGUUUUAAUUUCACGUAUGAGAUGGUUCGGGUGACAGACGCCACACUAGGGCCAUUAGCAAACGGAAAAGGACUUUUUAAUUAUCUACUGGAUCAACGAUGCGAGUUCCUGGUUCACAAUAUAUAUCCAACACUCCGGACGAAUGCAGUCGUCGAUUUGACACUACCGUGGGCUUACGACGAUUACGCUUUCGCCAUCCCCAUCCCCGUUGAAACGGCCAACAUUAACGCCGUCGUCAAACCGUUUCAGUGGCAGAUUUGGCUGGGACUAGGAAAAUCGAUCGUUUGCGUUAUUGCAAUUUUGAAUUUAAUCCAGCGCUACCUGGAAUAUCGAUCCUCACUCGAAACUUCAAAUGUUAGACCCAACGAUAAUAAUAACCCACCGACUGAAAAAAUAAUCACCAAAGGAAGAACCGCAAAACAAUUUCUCUACGUAUUCGGGAACUUACUUUCACAAGGUGGACCUUGUCCAUCGAAAAGAUUACCCUAUCGACUAGUUGCUGGCGUCUGGAUCCUGGCCGCUUUCUUCUUCGUCCAGGCCUACACGUCGACUCUCUUCACAUACGUCGUGACGCCAAUCAAUCAGCCGCUAAUCAACUCGAUCUACGACCUAAUUAACAGCAACGAUAUUAAUCUCUACGUCAGGGAAUCUAGUCUCAUAAAUACUCUAAUAUAUACAGCUAACGAGACAGGACUUUAUAAGACAUUACGAAAAAGACUAGACUCCUUGCCGAAUUCUCGAUGCACAUUGCCGUCGGAAUGCAUUCAAUCUGUCAGACCGGGACUAAGAAACGUCUUCGCCGAGUCAACUAAUUACCUGAACGACGAAAUUCGAAAACACUAUAUAAAAACAGGGAAAUGCAUUGGGCAAAUGGCAAAGGAAAAAUUCUUCGGCAUCACGGUAGCGAUGGGCCUACCCAAAAACAGUCCCUACACGCAAACCAUAACUCAAGUGAUACUGGAACUACAAGAAAAUGGGCUGAUCAACUACUGGGAUACCUGGUUCCGACCCAUGCCACCGCAGUGUAACGGAAAACCACAAAUCAGAAGCAAAAAAACGAAACUUUCGCCUCUUUCUCUCAAAAAUUUGACUGGCGCAUUUUUAGUUUUAUUGAUUGGACUUGGCCUUUCAAUUUUGGCUUUCCUCGUCGAAAAAAUAAUUUCGGUACACGAGCGUCUACGCUAG